UGAGAAGGGGGGAAAAAAGGAAAGAAAAUCCCUUCAGCUAGGAAAUUGAUUUCCACAAAAAUACAAGCACAUGCUUUGAAAUGGGGUGGCGUCCUACCCUCCCUCAGUGGGUCUGGGCUGACUUUCUCUCAAAUCCCCCCCAGCCCUAGUGUUCCUUCCCCAUUUCUGCCCAAUGCCCUGCCCUCUCCUCCUCCACUCCAAGGCCGCUAGUCUGAGAUAAGGAGACAGAGGGUAGAUGGGAACUGGAACCCAUAGAGACCCUAGAGAGGGUGGGAGUGGGGGGCACCGAAUGAAGGGCAGAAAGCACAGAGGGAGCAAAGAAAUAGUCCCCACUGUCUCCUGCCGGGCUCCAAGGCACGACCACGCCUGGCCGGGCUCUGUUCACACCCGGUGGAAACCAGAGAGCCUGUGCUUGUCCCGCCGGCGCCCUCCCCGUGGCUCCAGUUGCCUUUUUUUUUUAAUUGUAGUGUUGAUGAUGAUGAUUUUUUUUUUUAAUCACAGCAGCCCCCAGUUUAGCGGAUUGAUUUACUCCCCGUAUUGGUAAAUAUGAUCACGUGGGCCCCGCGACCAAUGGUGGCGGGUUGCAGCCUGCAAAAUACUCGGAUUGCGCUCAGGGAGGGGAGCCGCUACAGUUAACAGUGUAACCUUUUAUAUGAGGGAGAGGGGAGCCUAAAAAAUGUCUUCCAGUGGCACCCUAAGUAACUACUAUGUGGACUCUCUCAUAGGCCAUGAGAGCGAUGAAGUGUACGCCGGGCGCUUCGGACAGGCGGGGCAUGGCACGGCCACCAGGCCGUCAGGUGUGGCCGAUGGGGCCGAAUUCUCCUCCUGUAGUUUUGCCCCUAAAUCCACCGUGUUCUCCGCCUCCUGGCCCACCGUACCCCCACAGCCCUCGGCUGCUAUGACUGGGAUCUAUCAUCCCUAUGUGCAUCAACCCCAUUUAGCAGCCUCCGAGCCCAGCCGGUACGUGCGCUCCUGGAUCGAGCCCUUUCCGAGUUUCCCCAGCAGCAGUACGGGGAGCAGCGGCACCGGGAGCAGCAGCGGCGGCGGCGGCGGCGGCGGCGGCGGCGGCGGCGGCGGCACGUCCUCCACGGGGCGGCACUACGGAAUUAAGCCUGAAACUGGAGUAGCUCCCGCCACCUCCUCUUCAUCCUCCUCUUCCUCCUCUUCUUCUUCCUCCUCCUCCUCCUCCUGUCCCUCCUCUUCCACCUCCUCUUCCUCCUCUACCAAAAGAACUGAGUGCUCCUCGUCCCGGGAGUCCCAGGGGAUCAGUGUCCCCGAGUACACGUGCAAUUCCUUCCUGCAGGAGCCCCGGGAGAAGUCGGCAGCGACAGCGGCAACGGCAGCAGCCGGGGUUGCUGGAGUGGCCAACGGCAAGGAUCCCUCGGCUUGCAGCGACCAUCCCAGUCCGAGCAGCCAGCUGAAGGAGGAGAAGCAGCAACAGCAGCAACAGCAGCAACAACAACAGCAGCAACUUGACCCAAAUAACCCUGCAGCAAACUGGAUCCACGCACGUUCCACCAGGAAAAAACGCUGUCCCUACACAAAAUACCAGACCCUGGAGCUGGAAAAGGAAUUCCUUUUUAACAUGUAUCUCACCCGAGACCGCCGCUACGAAGUGGCUAGGAUUUUGAACCUCACAGAGAGGCAGGUCAAAAUCUGGUUUCAAAACCGAAGGAUGAAAAUGAAAAAGAUGAAUAAGGAAAAGGGGAGUAAAGGAGACUAAUGUCCCUUGGAAAUGAAUUGGUUUUGCAAAUGCAUAUUACCCUUUCUUUUUUCAGAAACUCUCCAAUGACCAGGUCUAUUUAGGUAGAAGUGAAAUGUUGUCUCUGUAAGCUAUUUUUGGGGGGAACUUCAUUAUUUGUUCUCUAGUGUGUUAAAAAGAUGCUUUGACCCUCCGUUCCCCUCCCUCCUUCCGAACAGGUCUGGUUUCUCGGGGAAAUUGUCUAUUGUGAGUGCACGCUAGCUUUGGGGAACUCUCUAAUGUGUAAAUGUCUGACAUGUUUCUGAAGUGAUGUAGUGUAGAUUCCCCCUUCGCCAGAAUUAAGGCGAGGAUGUAUAAUAAUCACGAUAAUAAUAAAAUUAUAUUAAAGGCGCAGUUGCUUCCAUCGAUGGCAGUACACUGUUGUUUAGUUAUUCAAAGAAAUCAUUCCCCCUGCCUCAGCUUUGCCUUUGGAAUUUCUGCAUUUAUUUAGUUUGCAUUAGGUGCCAGCACCAGGCCAGGAGAGCCUGAAAUUUGUGUGUGUAUGUGUGUGUAUGUAUGUUUUCUUCUGCACUUUUAAGGGGUCACCUCAUACUUGAAAGGAUUUGUCAUGGGCCUGACAUAUGCUGGACUGGGCCUAAAGGAGCUUUGGUCACUUGUAUUUGCCUUCUUAUUUUUCUAACUGAAGACCCGUUGUAAAUGUUGUCAGUUAUUACUAAUAAAGCUUGAAUUGACCAAAAGAAAACCACCUACAAGCUAUGAAAA